AUUAACAACAAAAGAAGAUGAAAUUCUGUUGUCUGUGCUUGUUAAAAAUUGUUAUGAAAAAAGUUUAUCCUUUAUAAUUAUUUUUUAGUUUAAAUGAAAAUGGUCCCUGAUAAGUAUUUGAAAAAGGUUAUUCUGUCAUCGGAUGUAUUCGCAGUGUGUAUUCAACAUGCACUUACCACUGAAAAACAAGAAAUAAUGGGAUUGUUGAUUGGCGAGGUUGAUGAAGAAGCUUGUGUCUCCCAGGUAACAGCUUGCGUUAUACUGCAUCGUAGCGACAAACAGCCAGAUCGAGUGGAGAUUUCACCCGAACAACUUUGUCGUGCUUCAAUGCAUGCAGAACAAUUAGCAGUAACGCUAAAAAAGCCCAUGAGAGUUGUUGGAUGGUAUCACUCUCACCCACAUAUUACAGUAUGGCCAAGUCAUGUUGAUAUUAGAACGCAGUCAACAUAUCAAAUGAUGGAUCCACUGUUUGUGGGUUUGAUAUUUUCGGUAUAUCACACAGAUCAAAGAAUUAGGAGCAACCAAAUACAACUGACUUGUUUUCAAGCUCAUCAACGCAAUUCUGAACUAGAGAGGCGUGAAGUUCAAUUAAUAAUAGAAAAUUCUCCACUGCAGGGAUAUAAUCUAGAAGGUAUUGCUAAUUUACCAAAAAUAUUAGUUCAAGAGGAAGUAGAAAGCCAUAGUGUCAAAGAUAAUGAGACAAUCGACCCUGUUGCAAGAUUACACAAUGAUGCGUUUAAAACGGUAGCAUUAGUUCAUAUUGUAUCAAAAGUUUCAAGGCCAAUGUGUGACGAUCUGGUAGAAAGACUAAAUGUUACCAAUUGGCGCAUCAAAGAAUUAGAAGCGUUAAAAAAGGAAUUAUUGGACUCUUAAUUACGUUUAUAAAUUAAAAUACAAAGUUUACUUACUGUAUUUUUUUACAUGGGUUAUUUAAUAGUACCCAUUUUUUUGCAAAAAAUAGAGGAUUUAUUGAAUUGCAAUUUCGUUUUUUUAUUUCAGAAUAUUGGUACCUCAUUUCAUUAAA